AUGCCGAGUCUCAGGGAGCAGGUCGCUGACCUGGAGCGGAGGAUAGUGAGAGACUAUGACCCCGAAGACGAUGGGUACCUACUACGUCCGAGCGACGGCGAAGAGUCUGAAAGAGAAGGAGAAGACCUGCGCGAUGAUUUCAGCCGAGCACAUUACGAAACAGUGGAAAAGAGCAGACUGCGGCAGCCAGAACAGCCAACGCUAGACGCAAAAUACGGGGGCGUGGCGGUGAGUCGCAAAGCGCUCGAAGAUGAUGGAGAGGACGACGAUGAUCCCUUUGCGCCCGUCGAAGAAGAGGAAGAUGAUCCCUUUGCGCCCGUCGAAGAAGAGGAGGAUGAUCCCUUCGCUGCCAGGAAUGGUGGGGAUAUGCCUGGCUCUGAAGGGGUCUCGGAGGAAGAGAACGACAACCAGCUAGGGUCAGACGUGGAUCAGGAUGAAGACUCCGCGAGGGACGAAACAGUCGUUGGCGAGGACUACGCAAAACGCAUCAAGAAACGAAAGGGUGUUAGUGGAGAAGACUAUCCGCGGGAUGAGGCAGAGCGAGACGGAUCGGAUCUAUCAGAGGAACACUCUCUCGACGAAUCCGAUGUCAGUAUGGACGACGACGAGGCAUCCUCCUCUAUAUCCUCAGCGGCCUCACCGCCUCCACCACGAGCCGCGAAACCCUCUCGGAGCGCGGACCGGGAAGAACUGAGAAAAGCCGCAUUCGACUCUGCCUCCACAGCGGCGCUCGCAUCUGCAUUGUCAGCCGGCGCCGCCGCCGACGUGAAAAAGGGCCAAGCAGUCAAGCGACAACGGCAGACCUUUGACCGCCUGCUGGAUGCCAGGAUCAAGUUCCAAAAGGGCCUCACGGCCAUGAACGAACUGCCUCCUCCUGGGUCCCUUGUGGAUGAAGAGGAAGUCAAGACGGCGGCGAAACAAGCCGAAGAUGCCGCGCUGGCGCUAUGGUCGACCAUCGACUCGAUCCGCAGCGCCAUUCUUUCCGCCCGAGAAGAACAACAAGGGCCUCCUUCAUCCCCUGGUGACGAUGGUGACAACAAGACCGAAAAGCAGAAGACUGAUCUGAAGAGGAAACGACAACCGCUCAACGCGACACGAACAACACCCCUCUCGGAGAUGUGGGAGCGCUACACCUCCCUCGAGGCGCACGCGCACACCCAUCGCCGCGGCGUGAUGGACAAAUGGCACGCAAAGACCCAACCGGUGCUCGAUCCCGCGCCACGCUCCAAACUUCUCAAACCCUCCUCCUCCUCCUCAUCGCGCCUCACGGACGUGCUCGACACGUACCUCGCGACCGAAUCCUCCAAACUCGUCGCGCAAUCCUACUCCCCCAGCACCCAAACCUACGACGACGGCGCAUUCUACCAAUCCCUCCUGCGCGACCUCGUUGCCUCGCGCUCCUCCUCCUCCUCCUCCCCCACCGUCGUGCUGCCCACAAAACUGCACGUCUCGGGCAGCAAACACAAACGAGGCGUCGGCGGCGGCGUCGACACAAAAGCCAGCAAGGGCCGCAAGGUCCGGUACACGGUGCACGAGAAAUUGGAGAAUUUCAUGGCCCCCGAGGACCGCUCCACGUGGACCGAGUCGGCCAGGCACGAGUUCUUUGGCAGUCUGCUGGGGGCUAGGAUCGGGGCGUUGGAUGAGCGGGAGAGAUCAGACGACGCAGAAGGUGGAGUGGAUGGUAUACUUGCAGAUGGGGAUGGGGAUGAGGAUACGGGAGAGGUCGAAGCAUUGAGGCUUUUCAGGAGAUAG